AUGGAGGAGGAGCCAGAGACACCCAGGGCUUUGUCCUGGGAAGACAGGGAGGCCCCGGAAGUGAAAAUAGAGGCGCUGAGACCAGGAGAGAGUUCAAAAGGAAUGAAUGGUGGGCGGAAACCUGAGAGAAAGGGAUACAGGAAGUCCAGACUGAAACACCAGUGCUUCAGGGGUAGUCAACCUGGAGUCUGGAUAGAGUUUAUGCUCAUAUUUUUUGGUACUGGUGGCAAACUGCAUUUUCCCUUCUCCACCACAGGAAGCAAGAAGAGGAAAUCUCAGGAACCUAGCUCAAAUCUGGAAGAUGAAGAGAAGGGCUCUCUUGCUUGUACAGGGAUGUUCAAAGGUGGACCACUCUAUUUCUGCCUGACCUGUGGCAGAUGUUACAAAAAGUACAUCAACCUCUUUAAUCACCAGUUUAAGGCCCAGAAGACCACUAGCCACAAAACGGUGAGCUCCAAGCCUCAGCAUCGUAAAGAGAGGACUUUCUCUUGCCAGCUCUGUAACAAGAUCUACCGCGAUCCUUCUGGACUGAGCCGGCACCGACGCACUCAUUUAGGUUAUAGGCCCAGUUCAUGCUCUGUAUGUGGAAAACGCUUCCGGGAUCAGUCUGAGGUCAAACGCCACAUGAAGGUACACGAAAACAGGAAGCCAGUGACUGGCAACCAGGAGCAUGAGGUGAAGAAGGUUCCACUUACAACAGCUGGAUCCCAGGGUCCCAACGUCAGGCAUGUGAAAGUGAUCCAGGGACCAGUGGCCAGGGCUAAGGCAAGCUGCAGCAGGGCCUCAUCCAUGAAUGUCAGAUCCAGCUCUAUUCCAGUAAGAUGCUCAAGUAACCUUCAUUGCCUCUUUUGUUCUAUACGUUUUACCAAGAGGAUCUGCUUCUUAACCUAUCUCAAACUCCACUUCAAAAAUGAGCCCGACCAAUACCUCGGUGGCGGAGAGCCCGCCCACUCAUCCGUGGUGGUAGGUUCCCAAGAGAACACACACAGGAAGCAGGAUAUCUACUGUUGCCCUGCCUGCGAUGUCUGUUUUAGGGAAAAGGAAAGCCUGCUCCAUCACUGGUGCUAUAAAGAAUCAGGCAGGCCUAGUAAGUGCUGGGAAUUCCUUGGUCAUUCACUUGGCUUUCUUGAUGAUCCCUUUGAGACAGCUGAGGUAGGGGUCCAGACAGGGCUCUCUUACUAGCCUGACAGAGACCAGACUUUAGU